AUGUCAGAAGCGUCGAGCUCUCGCCUCUUAUAUCGCGGCUCACUCUCCCUGCCAGACUCUUAUAUCCUCUUAGAUGGACUCACUUUCUCAGCAAACCUUCUGGCUAACAAAGACCUCCUCCACAAUCCACUUGCACUAGCACUCGAGAGCAUGCGCGGUCGUCCCUCUCUCAGACUAAAAGGCACGGAAUCACUCAAGAAUAUAUGCAUAGACCCUUCAGAUGACGUCUGUAUGGACAUCCAUCCAUCCGCCACCCUCUCUCGGGUCUACUUUGAAAAUAUGCUCUGCUUAUCGGAUCUGUCUCCCGAUGGGCGGACAGAAAUAGGCGUGCGUGUAGCCCUGGGAGAUACUGAUGGUCCAGCAACGACAGAAAUACUGAUAUUUGGAAAGGUCCAUUCGUCGUCAACUACUCCAUCCCUAACAAUCCGUGCAGCACGCAUCAUUCCCGCUACUCGUGCUCCCCGCCCAGACGAUCCUACACCCCGAAAACCGCCUCAGCAUCUUCUCACACGCACACAAUCUAUCGGAGAACUCGCUGCGAACACGAGGAUCAAAGUCAAAGGAGAUGAAUCAGAGGUGGUGAGACGGGCAAGAGAGGUGAUGCUGCAUUUACCGAAUUCGAAAUCACGGGGGAGAGGGAAGGACAAAGAAAGAGGCAGCGCUGUAUUUAAAGUACCCGCGCUGCCAGCAAAGAAAACCAACCACGCACCAGAUGCAGACGUUUUCGGACCUGUCAGCGAUGCUAAAGGUAAAGCACGCGCGGUGGACGAAGGAAUUGGUAAUAUAGAGCAGGAGAACAAAUCUGUCUGUCCAACCUUCUUCUCUGGCGUCCUUAUCAUCAAGAAAUUCACUGUAAGACACCUUGAUGCAGCGGGUGUGUCCAAGGCGCAUCCGGAGUUUAAGGAACUCUUUGGGUUCGUAUAUCGUGGUACAGCUUUUGCUCUUAGGGCCACGAUAAAGAAAUUUCCUGUUAGUGCGCUAGCUCUAGAGACGCUUGUGGAAGCACACAUUAAGCUUUAUGUUACAUCACCCACUUGA